AUGACAUUGGAACUUCGCAGCCGAAUGCUGACGGAUCCUUAUUCUAAGGCACCAACAAUUCUAUUAAUUGGCUCGGGAAAAAGCACGUUGGCCAAUACGCUUUUUGAAGAAGAAGAAAAGUUUAUAACAUCGGAUGAUUUGGAUUCUUGUACUAAGAUUUGUCAAAGUGCUCUAAUCAAACUGGAUGAUAAAAAAUAUAAUGUUGUCGAUACUCCCGGAAUUUUUGAUACAAAUAAACCUAACGAUGAUAUCAUGAAAGAAAUUGUGCAAUCAAUUGUCCAGAGUUGUAAUGGUAUCGUAGCGAUUUUGUACGUCAUGGCUAAUGCCAAAAGCUUAUACCACAGCUACGUUCGUGAGAAAGAAUUACAAGAGAUUGAAGCACGUGAGACAAAGCAACGCGAGAAAGAACAAAUAAGAUUAAAAAGAGAAGCUGGAACGAAAACAGCCAAGGCAGAAUUUGAGACGCGAGGUAUACGUAUUGCUCAUUCUGACGAUAAGACCAUAACUCAAUAUCAACGGAUCGAUUAUUUAAAGGCAGAUGGUUCAGAAGUAAAUACAAUUUUCGCUGAAGACGUCCGGGCUUUUGUAACCGAAAUUUUACUAUUGGACGGCAAGAAACUUACUUCUGUAAUUCCACAUCGCGUUACAAAG